AUGGGCCGCUACACCAAUGCCACCCCCACCCGGCACAGAGCCCAACCACCCAUGGGUCGCUACACCAAUGCCACCCGUACCCGGCACAGAGCCCAACCACCCAUGGGUCGCUACACCAAUGCCACCCGUACCCGGCACAGAGCCCAACCACCCAUGGGUCGCUACACCAAUGCCACCCGUACCCGGCACAGAGCCCAACCACCCAUGGGUCGCUACACCAAUGCCACCCGUACCCGGCACAGAGCCCAACCACCCAUGGGUCGCUACACCAAUGCCACCCGUACCCGGCACAGAGCCCAACCACCCAUGGGUCGCUACACCAAUGCCACCCGUACCCGGCACAGAGCCCAACCACCCAUGGGUCGCUACACCAAUGCCACCCGUACCCGGCACAGAGCCCAACCACCCAUGGGUCGCUACACCAAUGCCACCCGUACCCGGCACAGAGCCCAACCACCCAUGGGUCGCUACACCAAUGCCACCCGUACCCGGCACAGAGCCCAACCACCCAUGGGUCGCUACACCAAUGCCACCCGUACCCGGCACAGAGCCCAACCACCCAUGGGUCGCUACACCAAUGCCACCCGUACCCGGCACAGAGCCCAACCACCCAUGGGUCGCUACACCAAUGCCACCCGUACCCGGCACAGAGCCCAACCACCCAUGGGUCGCUACACCAAUGCCACCCGUACCCGGCACAGAGCCCAACCACCCAUGGGUCGCUACACCAAUGCCACCCGUACCCGGCACAGAGCCCAACCACCCAUGGGUCGCUACACCAAUGCCACCCGUACCCGGCACAGAGCCCAACCACCCAUGGGUCGCUACACCAAUGCCACCCGUACCCGGCACAGAGCCCAACCACCCAUGGGUCGCUACACCAAUGCCACCCGUACCCGGCACAGAGCCCAACCACCCAUGGGUCGCUACACCAAUGCCACCCGUACCCGGCACAGAGCCCAACCACCCAUGGGUCGCUACACCAAUGCCACCCGUACCCGGCACAGAGCCCAACCACCCAUGGGUCGCUACACCAAUGCCACCCGUACCCGGCACAGAGCCCAACCACCCAUGGGUCGCUACACCAAUGCCACCCGUACCCGGCACAGAGCCCAACCACCCAUGGGUCGCUACACCAAUGCCACCCGUACCCGGCACAGAGCCCAACCACCCAUGGGUCGCUACACCAAUGCCACCCGUACCCGGCACAGAGCCCAACCACCCAUGGGUCGCUACACCAAUGCCACCCGUACCCGGCACAGAGCCCAACCACCCAUGGGUCGCUACACCAAUGCCACCCGUACCCGGCACAGAGCCCAACCACCCAUGGGUCGCUACACCAAUGCCACCCGUACCCGGCACAGAGCCCAACCACCCAUGGGUCGCUACACCAAUGCCACCCGUACCCGGCACAGAGCCCAACCACCCAUGGGUCGCUACACCAAUGCCACCCGUACCCGGCACAGAGCCCAACCACCCAUGGGUCGCUACACCAAUGCCACCCGUACCCGGCACAGAGCCCAACCACCCAUGGGUCGCUACACCAAUGCCACCCGUACCCGGCACAGAGCCCAACCACCCAUGGGUCGCUACACCAAUGCCACCCGUACCCGGCACAGAGCCCAACCACCCAUGGGUCGCUACACCAAUGCCACCCGUACCCGGCACAGAGCCCAACCACCCAUGGGUCGCUACACCAAUGCCACCCGUACCCGGCACAGAGCCCAACCACCCAUGGGUCGCUACACCAAUGCCACCCGUACCCGGCACAGAGCCCAACCACCCAUGGGUCGCUACACCAAUGCCACCCGUACCCGGCACAGAGCCCAACCACCCAUGGGUCGCUACACCAAUGCCACCCGUACCCGGCACAGAGCCCAACCACCCAUGGGUCGCUACACCAAUGCCACCCGUACCCGGCACAGAGCCCAACCACCCAUGGGUCGCUACACCAAUGCCACCCGUACCCGGCACAGAGCCCAACCACCCAUGGGUCGCUACACCAAUGCCACCCGUACCCGGCACAGAGCCCAACCACCCAUGGGUCGCUACACCAAUGCCACCCGUACCCGGCACAGAGCCCAACCACCCAUGGGUCGCUACACCAAUGCCACCCGUACCCGGCACAGAGCCCAACCACCCAUGGGUCGCUACACCAAUGCCACCCGUACCCGGCACAGAGCCCAACCACCCAUGGGUCGCUACACCAAUGCCACCCGUACCCGGCACAGAGCCCAACCACCCAUGGGUCGCUACACCAAUGCCACCCGUACCCGGCACAGAGCCCAACCACCCAUGGGCCGCUACACCAAUGCCACCCUCAUCCAGCACAGAGCCCAACCAGCCAUGGACCGCUACACCAAUGCCACACCCUCCCGGCACAGAGUCCAACCACACAUGGGCCGCUAG